GGGAGCGCGCCACAGGCCAGGCACUCCCCCUCCCACUAGCUCAGCUGUGGCAUCGGACUUGCAGCUUCACGUCGGGCUGUCUUGAGACAUGAAGCUCCUUUUGCUGACUUUGACUGUGCUGCUGCUCUUGACCCAGCUGACUCCAGGCAGCACCCAAAGAUGCUGGAAUCUUCAUGGCAAAUGCCGCCGCAGAUGCUUCAAGAAGGAAAGGGUCUAUGUUUACUGCAUAAAUAGUAAAAUGUGCUGUGUGAAGCCCAGGUACCAGCCAAAAGGAAGGUUGUGGCCAUUUUAAGUCCUUUGAAGCAUGAAAUCGUGAAAAUGCAGUUGAAGUUACGCAGUGGAUUCCCAUGCUCUAUCAAUAAACACGUCUGACUGA